CUCUCCUCUCUCUCUCCUUUUCUUUUCAUCUCUGUGCUUGGUACAGCAGUGUAGCAGUCGUGUGGUAUUCUGCAGUAUUCAAGAAGUAUUUCACAGUAUUCUACAGUCGUCUGGAUUCUGGUGUUCUGAGGACAGGUGUUACAGCUGAGGCACUAAGCCAUGUUCAUGUCCAUCUCUCAGCUCAGACCAGACCAGGAUCGGACAGCUGAUUCCUACAGUCGAACAGAACAGUGUUUCUCAACCUUUCUAUACCAGGGGCCUGUAUGGAUCUUCCUACUUCAUGGUUUACAUUUAAAACAGAACUGUCCAAAUGAGCGAACCAUCUAAGGGAUUGGUCUACAACAUCCCGGGGUCGUUGAGAAACAUCGCAGUAUUCCAGCUCUCUGUAAGUGUGUGUGGGAUGUCGUGUCAGGGCUAGAGCCCUUCCCUCUCCCAUGAGCCUGUGUGCCCACACACACACACGGCGCCCCCACACACACACACGGCGCCCCCACAAACACACAGACACACGGCGCUGACGUUGUGAAGUGGACCCUCGGAAACAGACCGGAGCAGAACCGGAUCAAACCAGCCUGUGGGCCGGCGGGGCGGAACCUGAGGAUGUCAACAGAGGCGGAACUACAGCCAGCUGUCAGGCCCAGUGUCAGGAGAGACUCCAGGAGGAAAGGGCAGGAUCGUAGCGAGGCCGGGUUGAUCAGGCGGUUUAAGGGGGAUGGCGUUCGCUACAAGGCUAAACUCAUCGGUCUGGACGAAGUCACGGCCGCAAGGGGAGACAAACUCUGUCAAGACUCCAUGAUGAAGCUCAAGGGUAUAGCAGCAGCAGGGCGGUCUAAAGGAGACCACAAACAGAAGGGUAUAGCAGCAGCAGGGCGGUCUAAAGGAGACCACAAACAGAAGGUGUUUCUAACUGUCUCCUUUGGAGGGAUCAAGAUCUUUGAUGAGAAGUUUGGGGUCCUCCAGCACCACCAUGCGGUCCAUGAGAUCUCUUACAUCGCCAAGGACAUCACAGACCACCGAGCCUUUGGUUAUGUCUGUGGGAAAGAGGGCAACCACCGCUUCGUAGCCAUCAAGACAGCACAGUCUGCAGAACCAGUGAUCCUGGACCUCCGGGACCUGUUCCAGCUCAUCUAUGACAUCAAACAGAGGGAGGAGAUGGAGAAGAAAGCCCAGAAAGACAAACAGUGUGAACAGGCUGUGUACCAGACUAUUCUGGAAGAAGAUUUGGAGGAUCCGGUCUACCAGUACAUUGUGUUUGAGGCGGGACACGAGCCCAUCCGUGACCAAUCAGAAGAGAGCAUUUAUCAGGUUCCGACCAGUCAACAGAAGGAGGGGGUAUAUGACGUCCCCAAGAGACACCCAAAUGCUCAAAAUGGUCACCAACAACAACAACAACAGCCACAACAACAGCCACAACAGCCACAACAACAGUCUCUGAUAGAUCUCAUGGAUAUGGACAGUGUAUGGACUCCACAGAAUAUCAACCAAUUAGAGCUCUUUGGAGACAUCUCCACACUCCCGGACAUCUACUCCCCCUCGACCCCUGCCUCUCCAGCCAACACCCUGGACCCCUCUCUGGGCCUGCAGCCCACAACCGAACUCUUCACCCCCUUCAACCCCGCCUCCGUACCCUCAGGUUAUGUGACGAUGGGAGCGGUACCUCCAGGUCAUGUGUGGUCCCAGCAGGCGUUUGCAGCCCAGGCAGGUCCUCUGUUCGGGGUCCCGUCCCCCCUGGGUCAGUCCCUCCCUGUGGCCCAGGUCCUGCCUGGAGGCCAGCCACUCAUCUGGGGCCAGGCCAACCUCUUCCCUGCUACACAGCAGCAGUGGGCCGCCAUGACUGGAGCAGGGUUCCCUGCUACAGCCUACCUCCCAACCCAGCCAGGGUCUCUGCCUGCCAUGUUCCUCCCAGUCAAUCAACCCUGCGACGGCCUAUCAUCUGCCGGCGCUGCCUCGAACCCCGCCCCCUCGUCAGCCUCCAGUCCACAGCAUGCAGAGAGGCAGCGGCAGAAGAUGAGCAAGGAGAUGUUUCAGGACUUCCAGCUAGCGAAGCCCCCUGCCAUGCCUGCUAAGAUGGGGGACCAGCACCAAAGUCUAGCAGGGACCUCAGAGGCCUUCAGUUCCUAUUUCAGCCGCGUGGGGACCGUCACCGAUACAGACGACUGUGACGACUUUGACAUCUCUCAGCUCAACCUCACUCCUGUCACCUCCACCACGCCCUCCACUAACUCACCUCCGACCCCGGCCCCCAGACAGAGUUCUCCAUCUAAAUCGUCGCUGUCACACGUUAGUGACCACAUUGACCACAUCAGUGACCCUCCCACAGACGCCACCGACCCCCCCACAGAUGACUCGUUCGGCGAGGUGGAGGGCUCCCCCAGUCGCAGUGGAGAGGAGGAUGCGGCGUGUGGGUCUGGGUCUCCAUGUCCCAGUGAGACAGCAGGUUCUAGUCCAGCCCAGACCAGUCCACCUGCCAACAGCUAGAUAGAUGCUGGCUGGGUGCUGGGGGAAGGAUCCUCUCUAUGCCCAGGUCAACAAAGGGAAGAAAUAAAGAGACACAGUGAACACUGGACACUGGACUGACCAACCAACGCUGACCAACCAACCCGAUGUGUGUGUGUGUGUGUUACUCCUCUCAAGCAGCAGCCUGGCCACCCCUCUAACAAAGGAUAGAACGCUCCAUCUACUCCCUCUACUCUCUUUUCAUUCAUUCAUCUCUCCGUCUCUCUCUCUCUCUCUCCCUCCAUCAAACGUUGCUAGAGACUAUGCUGCCAAAAGGGGACUGGGCCAAGUGUUGUCUCCCUUCCUAACUCACACAGUGUUAUCAGACAUGGACCAAAUGAGUGUCUGUAGCGAGUGGAUCCUGUGGGACGAGGCCGGAAUGGCAUGCCUGGAUCCUUAUUUUUGAUUAGCCAGUUUAUUGGGAUCUUGGCAUCUGAUUGGCUGUUUGGGUGUUUCACCUUCAUGUGAGCGUCUGCUGGAUGACUAUGCAGAAACAGACUCUCUGGGAGCUACUCACACACACACACACACACACACACACACACCGACACAGUGUUUUGCCAAAUGUCUCUUCUCAGACAGAUUCAGAGGGAAGACUUCAGAGGGAAUGGACUCAGCGGGGCAUGGAUGUUGCCAGCCUAACGGGCACCGCCUGGCAUGGACGAACAUUGCCAAAUUACCGGGCACCUCCGCCUUCGGAUGGAUGUUGCCAAACUGAUUCUGUGAUUGAACUGCUCAUUCUCUAUAAUAGCUUUUGUACAAUAUCGAUUAAAACAGACAAGGGGAAAUUGAGUUUUUAUUUUAUAAAUCCAUCAAGACGCUCUACUGUCAGCUCUACUGGAGUUGCACAUUCACAUGGCUUUAAGAGACCUGAUCGUUGGUUUGCCAAACUCAUUUUGUAAAUAAUAAUAAUAAUAAUAACAACAACAACAACAAUGAUCAUUCUGUCCGCAGGACUUCUGUGCCAUAAAAUAGGCUUCAGUUAGGCUACCAGAAGGUAUCAAGCAAUACCAACAUCUUCUCUGUCCGUCCGUCCGUCCGUCCGUCUGUCUGUCCGUCCGUCCGUCCGUCCGUCCGUCCGUCCGUCCGUCCGUCCGUCCGUCCGUCCGUCCGUCUGUCUGUCUGUCUGUCUGUCGGUCUGUCUGUCCGUUCCUCCGUCCGUCCGUCUGUCUGUCUGUCUGUCUGUCCAGGUUUCUGUUGCUCUCUCAACCCCUGACGUUGUUUGGUCUAUGACCCUAUGAGUGUCUUUCCCUAAAUCAGACCUCGUCUACACUGCAGUCCUUUGUUGAUCAAUAUCCAUGUGCCCUGUAACCUCGUACAGUCAUACCAUCCUCCUGUCUGUGCGUCAUAUAAUCUCUCCGUCUGAGAGACGGGAGCAUUACCCAUCAUCACAACCACCCCGGACACUCCCUACAGCUGUAUGUCUGUCAUCAGCCCCCAGCCCUGCUCGGCUGUCUGCCUCCAUGUCUGUCUGUCUGCCGGUCUAUCCGUCCGUCUGUCUCUGCUAGUACUACAUCAACUGUGAUGCCAAUGACUCCCUAUUUUAUGGCCAGAAUCUCUGUGUUAUUAGACUUCUCUGGACUGACAACUGAUUAAUAACGACGUUUGGACAAUAGAAGAAGAAGAUGAGGAAGUGGACUAAAAAGGGAGAAAAAAAUGCUGUUUGAUUACGUAACAUUUCUAGACAUAUUUUAACCUUACCUCAGAUAGCGGUUUCUUAAUGUAAAUUGACACAUUAUUUUUUAUCUUUAUGAAUACAACAGCAUUCUACAGUGGAUUUUUAGAGGACUUUUAUUUUCCGUUGAUUUACAUCUCCACCAUGUAUUACAGUUCCUAUUAAACACAUCCCAAUGACA